AUGUCUGGAAAGAGUGCUCUAUUUGUGAUGGCAUUCUUUCUUGCCGUAUUUCAAGUGAAUUGUGAAUCUGAAUUAUCAACUACGAAUGUAUCGCUUCAUAGUGGUUUUGCAUUCGAGUUGAUCAUGACAAAACUGAACACGCUGGAGCAUCAUUUCAUAGAGAAGCACCUCGAAACUGAUGAGAAAAUCGCCAUUCUCAGCUCCAGAAUUGAUAGCAUGGUAAAGUCCAUCGAACAUUUGGCCUGGAUUGCGCAGCAAACUGGUGAAACGGUGAAUCAACUUGGCUUGAAUGGAAAGCACAUCGGGCAGAAUCUCAGCGUGAUACAGCACGAUCUCACGAAUGUGUUAGCCGAGCAGAAACUCCUUGUCACAGGUCAUCAGCUCAGGGAAUACCUUCAUCUGAAAGGAUGCAACUUGACGAGCAUGGAUCUGAGUGAAUCUCGUUCUCGAUUGUAUGCUUCUUGCAAUAAGGUACCGAUACCGGUAUCUGGUGUGUACCACAUACGACCAGAGAAGCCUUUCAAGGAACCGAUAACUGUGUUUUGUGAUCAAGAGUACGACAACGGUGGGUGGAUUGUGAUUCAGCAUCGUUUUGAUGGAUCGACGAACUUCUACCGUAACUGGCAGGAGUACAAGAAUGGCUUCGGGAACUUGGAUGGAGAGUUCUGGUUGGGGCUGGAUCGCAUCUAUCAGUUAACGGUGUCGGGGCCUCACGAGUUGGUGGUGUUGUUGGAGGAUUUUGACGGAAACAAAACAUAUGCAAGAUACGAUCUAUUCGAAAUAGGGGACGAAGCAUCGAAGUAUGUCAUCAAUAAUAUCGAGGGAUAUUCGGGAACGGCUGGUGAUUCCCUUUGAUUUGUUAAAGGAAUGAAUUUUUCUACCUUUGAUAAGGAUAAUGAUAUUUCAAUGACACAUUGUGCAAUCAAAUUUUGUGGAGCGUGGUGGUACAAAGAUUGUCAUGCAAGCAAUCUGAAUGGAAAAUACCUACGAGGGGAGACUAAAGAGUUUGCUACGGGCAUGGUUUGGAAAACAUUCCGUGGACAUUACUAUUCUUUGCAAUCCUCGAAAAUGAUGAUUAGACCUAAACCAUCAUGA